UAAUGCUCGCGGGCAAUAACGUUUUUUUUUUCGUUUCACCACGUCGUUGUGACUUGCGACGUUCUGUCUUCUGUGUGAAGAAGGGUCAACUGUUAAAAGACAACAGCUAAUUAUUUAUAUCUACCCACUUUUGGUGGAUUUAUCAUCAUCGAAAAUACGCACGAGGUUUUAUGUCUUGGGCAGUAUACAUUUUUAACCGAUCCAACUGAACAAUAAGCACUCAACACAUUUCCCGCAUUAUGACAUAACCAUACAGAUAAAAGGCGAUCGAGGAUCAAUUCAGGAUCUCGCGUGUCCAUUCCGCACCUGAAACUGGAUUCACGAACGCUGUUUGAUAAUACAUCAAUGGAAAUGUUGGAAACUAAAAUUGACAUGGACCAAGACCAGUACACCGGAAACCAGGAUCAAUUGGAACCCCGUAAUAAAAAGGAUGAUUUAGUGACAACUCUUAGUAAAAAUAUUAUUGAUGACUCCAAAUUUGGUUCCAAUGACGAUUCACUGAUAGAUGAUUGUGACAUGACAAAUAAAAUCAAUUAUUCCAAUUUCCACCAAUUGUUUAUUGGUAAUUUGACUUGGUGGACAACAGAUCAAGAUAUAAUGGACUCUAUAAAUGACGUUGGAGUUCAUAAUAUCAUUGAUAUUCAAUUUUUUGAAAAUCGAGAUAAUGGCCAAUCAAAAGGUUUUUGUAUUGUUACAUUAGAAUCAGAGCAAAGUUUAAAUCGGAUUUUGAAGAAAUUACCAAAUAAACUUAUUCAUGGACGAAAACCUGAUGUUACAUAUCCAUCAUCGAGUGCAUAUUUUAUGUUUGAAUCAAAAUCAGGAACUAGGUUUUCUCUUUCAUCAAUAUAUCAAAAUAUAUCUUCUAUGAAAGAUAUGUCUAGAAUUCCUAGCAAAAAGUCAUUAAAAAGUUCAUCAGUAGGUAAGCCUUAUCAUACUAGAAUGCCACCAAUGUCUGUUUGUAUAAAAACCCACCAACAGUAUCCACAAAUCACAGAUUAUAAAAAUCAAUGGAAUAGAUCAUAUCAACAGAAUAUGGGUAAAUCAUUUGUCACACCAGAAAAAUGUCUAAUAGGAGUUGGGGGUCCACUUAGUGAGUGAAACUGUCUGUUGUAUUUUUUAAACUCUUCCUUAAACCUAGCG